CCGACGGGGCUGGGGCCGCGGCAGCGCGGCUGGGUCCCGGGGCUCCCGGCGCUGUCGGCUCCGGUCCUCCACGGUGCAGGGGGCAGAGCCGAGCGGCUGUGACCCGGCGCCUCCGCCUCCUUCCGUGUUCCGCUUCCUGCAGCCGCCGGGCGGGAUGCGACCGGCCCCGGCCCCGGCCCCGGCUCUGGCUCGGCGCCCGCACAGUGGGUCCCAUUUCCUGGACUGUGACCGCUGAGCUCAGACCCUUCAGCGUGGAUCCCCCCCUGUGCCCGCUGGCCAUGGGCAGCCACGAGAAAGAUCCGUCUUCUCCCAAAAAAGCCCUGUCACGCUCCAACAGCACCGUGUCCUCCAAGCACAGCAGCGUCCAGCAGGGCUCAGAGAGCUGGGAGGUGGUGGAGGAGCCACGAGUCCGGGGAAGCCCAGGCCGGGAGCCGGAGCGGCAGGAGGGCUACCUGCUCAAGAAGAGGAAGUGGCCCCUGAAGGGCUGGCACAAGAGAUACUUUGUGCUGGAAAGUGGCAUCCUGAAAUAUGCCACCACGCGCCAGGAUGUCCUCAAGGGCAAACUGCACGGUGCCAUCGAUGUCCGUCAGUCUGUCAUGUCUGUCAACAAGAAGGCACAGAGGGUGGACCUGGACACAGAGGAGAACAUCUACCACCUCAAGAUCAAAUCCCCAGAGCUCUUUGCCAGCUGGGUGAGCAGCCUCUGCUCCCAUCACCAGGGGGAGAGUCCAGACCCACUCGCUCCUGCCAGGAGGACCCCCACCACCGCACAGGGCCCGUGGACACGGAUCAUGCCCUCGGGCAGUGCCCCUGCCUUGUCUGCCCUUGCCAGCUCCAGGGACAAGGUGGAUGCAUGGCUGAAGGACAGCGAGGGGCUGGAGCGCUGCUCGGCCGAGCUGUCAGCGUGCCAGGCGCAGCUGCGGGAGCUGACGGAGAUGCUGCAGAGCCUCGAGUCCUUGCACCGCAUCCCCUCCGCGCCCCUCAUCUCCGGCGCCCAGCCCUCGGCCGCCACGGACAGGCCCAAGAAGGGUCGGAGGACCACCAGGAUGUGGUGCACUCAGAGCUUCGCCAAGGAUGACACCAUUGGACGGGUGGGGAGGCUGCACGGCUCCGUCCCCAAUCUCUCGCGCUACCUGGAGCCCAGCCAGGGCCAGCUGCCCUUCAGCCUGCCACCUGAGUACAGCCAGCUGCAGCGCAGCUUCUGGGUGCUGGCACAGAAAGUGCAUGGCUCGCUCAGCAGCGUGGUGACAGCGCUGACGGCUGAGAGGGCUCGUCUGGAGGACAUGCAGCGGGUGCUGGACCGCCGGCGCUCAGCCCCACGCCCUGGCAGCGCCGGCCCCACUGGGACCCCCCUGUCAGGCCUGGAGCCACGGGAUGGGCUGCAGCGCUUCCACUCGCUCUCCGUCUCCUCUGACACCACCAUGGAUUCCUUUGCCUCGCUACACCCCGAUGAGCCCGACAUGCUGCCCUCCAAGGGCCGGGAGCAGCAGCGCUCACAGCGCAGCAUCGCCUCGCUGGCCGACUCGCACACUGAGUUCUUCGACGCCUGUGAGGUGUUCCUCUCUGCCAGCUCCUCUGAGAAUGAGGCUUCGGAUGAUGAGUCCUGCAUCAGUGAGGCCACCAACAGUAUUGACGAGGACCCGGCCGAGCCGGGGGGGCUUGGACGUCCCCAAACAGGAAUGGACAGCCUAGGGGGGCUGGUGGAGCUGCCCCCACUGGAGCUGCCAGGGCCAGGACCGCAGCGUCGGAGCCGUCUGCCUGCCCCCCCCGCACCGCCAGGGGACGUGAGCCUGUGGGGGCUUCUGCGGAGCAGCGUGGGCAAGGACCUGUCCCGCGUGGCGCUGCCGGUGCAGCUGAACGAGCCUCUCAACACCCUGCAGCGCCUGUGCGAGGAGCUGGAGUACAGUGCACUGCUCGACCACGCCGCCCGCGCACGGGACCCCCGGCAGCGCCUGGUCUACGUGGCCGCCUUUGCCGUGUCAGCCUACGCCUCCACCUUCUACCGCGCGGGCAGCAAACCCUUCAACCCAGUGCUGGGCGAGACCUACGAGUGCGUGCGGCCCGACCGCGGCUUCCGCUUCAUCAGUGAGCAGGUCAGCCACCACCCCCCCAUCUCCGCUUGCCACGCCGAGUCCGACAACUUCGUCUUCUGGCAAGACAUGAGGUGGAAGAACAAAUUCUGGGGCAAAUCCCUGGAGAUCGUCCCCAUGGGCACCGUCAACGUCCGCCUGCCCAGGUCCGGGGACCACUUCGAGUGGAACAAGGUGACCACCUGCAUCCACAACGUGCUCAGCGGCCCGCGCUGGAUCGAGCACUACGGCGAGGUGCUGAUCCGCAACACGCGCGACGCCUCCUACCACUGCAAGAUCACCUUCUGCAAGGCGCGGUACUGGGGCGCGGGUGCCAACGAGGUGCAGGGCGCGGUGCUGAGCCGCAGCGGGGCCGUGGUGGAGCGCCUGGCCGGCAAGUGGCACGAGGGGCUGUUCCGCGGGCCAGCCCCGGGGCAGUGCGUCUGGAGAGCCAACCCUAUGCCCCCCGACCACGAGCGGAACUACGGCUUCACCCAGUUUGCGCUGGAGCUGAACGAGCUCACGCCUGAGCUGCGCAGGGUGCUGCCCUCCACCGACACGCGCCUGCGCCCCGACCAGCGGUACCUGGAGGAGGGCAACGUGGCGGCGGCUGAGGCGCAGAAGCGUCAGAUCGAGCAGCUGCAGCGGGACCGGCGCCGCGUGAUGGAGGAGAACAACAUCGCGCACCAGGCGCGCUUCUUCAGGCGGCUGAUGGAUACCAGCGGCAAAGAGUCGUGGGUGACCAACAACACCUACUGGAAGCUGCGCCUGGACCCCGGCUUCGCCCACCUGGACAGCGCCGUGCUCUGGUAGCGGCCCCCCACCAUGGGCUGAGCCUCCCAGCCCCCCAAGUACUGGGGUGCAGGACCCCCCCCCCUCCCCACAGCUGUCUGUGGGCAGGCAGUGCCCGGCCCCGGCAGCUCCCAGCACAAAACUGUGAUUCCAAAAGAAGCAGGGAGUGCCCCCACCCCCUGGGUGGGGUGGGGGUCCCGAGGUGCCCGCAGGCGGGCAGCCCCCCGCCCCAGCUGCGCAGGCGGCCCUGCUCUAAUAAAGGCUGCAAAGAGA